AUGAGUCGCGCUGCCUCCAUCUUUCAACUCGUCAUGUACUCGAUCACCAUGGUCCUGGCUGUGGCCGAGAUUGGCUUCUGCAUCAAUGCAAUAAUCGUCUUCAGUGGCUACUACUAUGAAUAUUUCAUGUGGUUGGCCAUUGGAGGCAUCAUCCAUGGCUCGCUCAUCUGCAUCUACCUUAUCGCCUUCUUUUGCAUGUACAGACGUAACACUUUCAUGGUACGCACGACGACGGACCUGAUCAUGUGUGGCUUCUUCUUUGUAAGCAGCAUCCUCGUGGGCGUUUUCUGCGCCAUGAUUGCCUUUGCCCCCGCCGCGCCUUUCCUCUUCACCUUCAUCGUAGAGGUAAUCGUCGUCGCUAGGAGCAAGGUACCCGGCAAAUGGAGGAUGUCGCUGUUCAACGUGUGCAAUGGCAAGAACACCAACAUCCAAUAUAUGAACCAGAACGUGGGCACGGCCUAUUACCCAAUGUCAAACCAGGCGUUCGGCGGGGCACCCCAGUACGCGAAUGUGCCCAACCCCGGGGCACCCCAGUACGCGAAUGUGGCCAACCCCGGAGUGAUGCCCACGCACAGCUACGCGGUGCCGUACCAGACGUCCCCGAUGCCUUAUCAGACACCGUACGGUCAGUCUCACUAG